CUAUAGAGAAAUAUUAACAUUAGAAACCUGUCAUCAGACAGACAGAUAGGUGGAAGUUCGUUCGUUCGAGUGUCUAUGCCACAAUUACUCCAAUAGGUUGCAAGGCAACAAACGCAGCAGGAGUCAAACCGUAUCUCAUCAUGUCCGCUGGCAACAGGGAUAACGUCGGCGCGCUCAGUGUCAUGGACCUUUAACAAUGAAUACUACGCUUGCCUAAUUGGGAUGACCUUAUUGUUAAGCAUCCUCAGGCUGGAGUCGUCCCACCAAUCGGAAUGGUCCAUGCUCACACGAUCUAGUAAUCCCAUAUGCAUUCGCUAUUGCUAGCUUAUUGUCUGCGUGUCCAUGGGGUCUCCGGGCGUGGUUUUCGUGGCUGUUCUCUUGCUCGUCAAGUCACAGCGGAGAGGUAUAUAAGUGCGCCGAAACUGCGACUUCAAUCAGCAUUUUAUCCAACUGUCAUCUCUCAGACAACAUCUUUUAUUACUCCUAAAAGCUACAUCCUCGUCCUCUUUCCAUCUCCUAAAGCACAAUGGACUCAUUCUCAAACAUCAUCGCUAUGUUGUCCACUUCAAAGGCCGACGAUGAGCGGAGUCCCGCAUCGUCAACACCAGUUGAGGAGGAGUCGCAAUCAAACUCCGGAGGUUGUUACUGCGUCAUUGCAUGAGCGCGGGCAAACAUUCUGCACUCCGUCCCAUUCAUAUACGGACGUAAGUAGUGAUAGUAAAUUUAAUUCGCGGACGAUGGAUAUCUUACCGGCAUUGAUUGCAGCUCCAGAACGCAACUCCACAUUUUCUGUAGUGUUGAAGGUUUCAUGAGCGAUACCACCACUUCACUUCAUUAUCUCAACACAUAUCACAAUUCGUUCAGCAUGUUUCUAUCUUCGUUAACUAUUUCCGUUUUCAUCGGGUUCUUC